AAUUUAUACAUGUACAUACGUGUAUAUGUAUAUAUGUAUGUACAUCUCUGUGUGUAUAUCUAUACACAUGCUUAAGAUCCAGUUUGAUAUACAUAUGUACGUUUACACAUAUGAUUUGAUAUGUAUAUAUAUAAAAUCUGAGGUUUACUUAUGAUCCAAAAUUAAGCAUCCUCAAUAAUAAUAAUAAAAAAAAGGCAACCUUGGAAAAGAGGACCUUUUAGGGGCACAUAUCAAAAUGAGAAGCAGAUGAGUGGUCUUAGGACGGGAACAUGCUUCCUUUUAGAUGACAUGGUGCCACGUCUCAAAAUAACUCAUUCAUAUCAAUCGGGAUUUGAUCACCCUGAUUGGGAAAUUCCGGCUAUCAGACCCAGAAACCCACCCACCCCCAUCUAUCUUCCAAUCUCGACCGUCCAUUGGCAACUUCUCGUAUGUGUUACGGUGAUUCCCGCCCGACCAGAGCAGCACCAGAGCGAAGCGAGCCAGCAUCUAUAAAUGCUCCCCGAGUCCUCUCCUCGCCUUCCUCAUUUGUUCUCUCUUCCCUUCUUCUUCUCUCCCUCCUCUCUCGCUCUCUUCUCUUCUCGCCCAGAUGGCGUGCGGUGGUGACCGAGGCUUCUCCAGCCGCGGAUUUCUUCUCCUCCUCUGCUGCUUCGAGGCAAGAACAGCUCUUCUUCUGCUCCUCUUUCGAGCUUCUCCCAUUCUUUUGUAGUCUUCUUCGAUGCCUUGGAUUUCUUGAUCGGUAGAUUCUUCAUCAAUGAUCUCCGUGUCGCUAUUUUGGUUCCUUUUUCGCAUAUCUGGGGGCACAUUGUGAGAAGAUGGUUUGAUUUGGAGUGUGGGAACGAUGAUUGGGUUGGAUGUCCUUUUCUUGAUUCUGUUCUUGCUUUGGAGUUUUGGGGUUUGAACUUCUUUGGAGAGGAGUGGCCUCGCGUUUAGGGUUGUAUGUCUCUUGAUUCUUGAAGUGUUGAUGUGAUGGAAUGAUGCUUGAUGGGGCGUUUAUAGGGAUUCGAAUUGUCUUGUGCUCAUCAUUUUGUUGUUUAGUUUUGACCGGUUCAUAUUUUUAUAUCUGAUUAAGCUACUUGUUUGUUUGUAAUGGCUACUUAUGGGGUUCCUAUACAUUAAUUUCAGCACUUGAUAUGUUUUCUUGGGAAACGAUGCAUGUUAAAAUAGGCAGUCCACUCAUUCUAAAUUCUCUCCAACUUUGUGACUUGGUUGUUACGAGGAGAGAAAAAAGUGAGAAUGUCUAGUUCCACAAUGAAUUUAAAAAUGGGGCAGUCCGACUGCCUGUUUUGCCAUUUGCAAAGUGUAACAGAACUUUAUCGUAUAUCGAAAUACAAUAUUGUUAUAUUAAAAUCUCAUUAAAAUGCUAACACAUAAAGACUGAACUUAUAGCUUCCAGGCAAUUUAAAUCUUUUAGAUCAUUAAUUAUGUUGUGUAACCUCAAUGUGAAUGCUAAAUCACAUAUAUAAACAUAUAAGUACAUGACAGAUGCAUGUGUGCAUAUGUACAUACUAUAUUAUAAUGAGAAAGCCCCAGAGUCUAGCAUGAUGCUGAACUUUGAAGCCUUUCGUAUACUUGGAUGGGUUUUGCAUUUGACAGUUUAACAAUUCUUCUUCUUGGAACAUAGGCUCUUUUAAAAGAAAACAUCUGCAAAAUUUCCAAAAUCUGUUAUAUAUAUGCAUAUGCAUUUACGUGUGUGUUUAUAUGUAUACGCAUGCAUUCAUUGUGUACAUGAGUAUGUACAUACAUAUGUAUGUAGAUCUGUAGGAUACAUGCAUAUGUUGAUAAGUGGUGAUUAUGUCAUUUGCCAGUGCAUGUGUUUUUCAUGACCUUUUAGUCCCUUUGCAAUCAAAAUUCAUUCUUGGCAUAAUUUUGCACCACAUAUUGUGGAAUUCCUGAGUUUGGUUUAGUGGACAUGGCAGAUUUGAUGGUUGCUGGUUAUCCAAUUGCUGCAUUUUGCUUUUAAUUCUCCUAGGGUCUCUCCUAAAUGCAAAUUACAAGAAGCAACCAGAUCCUCCAUCAUUUUGUUGGUAAAAGUACAUCAUAAUGACUAUAUAUCUGAUUUACCAUCUAUAUCAAGGAAUGCCGUCUCAGUACCAAGGCUCACACCAAUGCCACCCCAUUACUAUAUCGGUACACAUGAUACAAGGGUCAGUUUAGCAUACUGAGGGUUAGUACGCUCUCCAUACUGCAUACAGGUACAAAAUCAGUACGGUACAGUAUAUUUCGAACCGCUCAAUUCGAUACGGUACAGUGUACCUUGAUCUAUAUAGUAUAUAUUUAUUAUCUCUGGUUUUGAAGACACCUUCUUCAUCACCAUCUAGGAUAAUAGACAUGACCAACUUACAUAUUGUUCAUGAUUUUCUAAUCAAGAAAUUUAUUAUUUGCAUUCAAAUAUAGUGUUGAUUUUUUAUGUUAAUUUUGGUAAAUGAAAAAGGCCGUGAUUAUGUAUAAUUCAUUAUUAACUUAUUUAAUGGUUCUAUAUAUUUAAGUGAGCAGUUUGGCUAUUUCUUGUAAAUUUUCCAAAUAAAUCAAAUUCUCAUGUACUUUAGAAGUUGAAAAAUAGUUGGGCAAACUAAGAUUGAUUUACUGAAAAAGUCAUUAGCUUGAACUUUAUGGUCUUUUUGCAAUUUUCCAGGUCUGGAUCCUUGCCUGUGUGGUCAGAUCAGAGACAUCAGAAAUGGUUUCCAUAGUGGUGCCCGAUGAUCCAACAGGCCAGAGAGAUGGCAAAGGCUAUAGGCGUCUGCAGGGCUGUCUGCACUGCAUUCCUCGGAAGGAUGUUGAGAUAACUACUAUGUAUGCAGAUGCUUCUGGUGCCCUAAAAGUGCAUAAAGUAAACUCAAAGGAUUUAUCUGCUUCUUGGAUGUGGAAUAAUUAUCAUGGUGAAACUCAUGUAAAUUCAAAGGGUGGACUGUGGAAAGAAGGGUCAUUUAAGCCACAAUUUAGUGAAUCACGAGACAAGGAUCAGCCUUCUACUGAUCGACAUCAACAAGCUUACUCAAUUAGCUCAAAGAAGCUAAGGCGUUUGCAACUGCGUCGAAAAAGGAAGGAAAAAAGAACUGCAGAGCUGAUUCAGCUAAGCAAAGAUGCUGAAUUACGGAUGAAAAUAGCAGCCAUGGAUCGCUCCAAGCAUUUCAACAGCACACUCAGGCAACAUUACAGGAGAGACCAUCGUAAUCAUGGCCGAGAUUCCACUUUGAGACUAAUAAAAGAUCAGAUCAUAAUGGCUAAGGUAUAUGCUAGCAUUGCUCGUUCCAUGAAAAAUGUUGAUCUUUUUGGGUACUUGAUGAACCAGAUUAAAGGAAUUCAAAAUGCUAUUAAAGAAGCAAACUCAGAUGCUGAACUGCAAAAAGGUGCUCUUGAAUAUGUAGAAGCAAUGGCUCGGGUUCUAUCAUUUGCAAAAGAGCAGUUAUAUGAUUGUUCUUUGGUAACAAGAAAAUUACGAGCCAUGGCGCAGUCCUCAGAGGAAACAGUAAUUGCCCAACUGAAGAAAAGCCAGUUCUUGAUGCGGUUCACUACAAAGACAAUACCUAAACCCCUACACUGCCUUCCUUUACAGCUCACUACUGAUUACUUCCUACAAGAUCAUACAAGAAAAGAAUUAGCAGAUAAGGCCAAACUUGAAGAUCCAUCCCUCUACCAUUAUGCAAUCUUCUCUGAUAAUGUACUCGCCACAGCAGUUGUAGUCAACUCUACUAUAUUACACGUGAAGGAACCAGAAAAACAUAUCUUUCACAUUGUCACAGACAGGAUGAACUUUCCAGCUAUGAAGAUGUGGUUCAUUGCCCAUCCUCCUUUAGAUGCAACAAUACAUGUGGAGAACUUUGAUGAAUUCAAGUGGCUUAAUUCAUCUUACUGUCCAGUUCUUCGCCAGAUUAAAUCUGAGAAUCUUAAACAGUACUACUUCAUAGCUGAUCAUCCUUCUACUCUUUCUGCUGGGGAUGAAAAUCUCAAGUACAAGAACCCCAAGUACUUGUCUAUGCUCAACCAUAUAAGGUUCUACAUGCCAGAAAUAUUUCCAAAGCUGGAUAAGAUACUGUUUCUUGAUGAUGAUGUCAUUGUUCAAAAGGAUUUGACACCACUUUGGUCUAUAGAUAUGAAAGGGAUGGUGAAUGGUGCUGUAGAGACCUGCAAAGGGAGCUUUCAUCAGUUCGACGGUUAUCUCAACUUCUCAGACCCAAUGAUCUCUGAUAACUUUGACCCGAAAGGCUGUGGAUGGGCAUUUGGAAUGAACAUCUUUGACUUGAAAGAAUGGAAGAAACGAAAUAUUACAGGAAUAUAUCACUAUUGGCAAAACUUGAACAAAGAUCGAAAUCUGUGGAAGCUUGGGACGCUGCCUGCAGGCCUGGUAUCAUUUUAUGGGCUGACAUAUACGCUUGAUCGGAGUUGGCAUGUUCUUGGUCUGGGCUACAAUCCUCAAAUCAGCCCCUCAGAGAUUGAGAAGGCAGCUGUGAUUCACUACAAUGGGAAUUAUAAGCCAUGGCUGGAUCUUGCUAUCGCCAAGUACAAGCAUUACUGGACCAAGUAUGUAAACUUCAACAACCCUUAUCUACGAGCCUGCAACUUUUUCCAAUAAAUCUGGACUUGUAGAUAGCAAAUCCUUGUGCCAGUUUGUUCAUAUUCUUUCUCGACCUCACAGGCUUGCUCUAUGUUGAGCAGCCAGCAUGUGCUGUCAGCAUCACACACCUCACAGGAAUAGGUUUUUGCAUUUAUUCUUUUUCUUUGCUCUAAAUGGGGUGAUAUUUGAACCAGAAAUUUCCUUGGCAAGAUAA